AUGUUUACUGUAUCUGUUACAACAUUAGUUGAUGAUAUAACAGAUGAGGAUUCUCCUUAUUUAUUUGUUGAAUUAACAAAUCAUUUACAAACGCCAUUUACAUUUGAUAAAUUGGCAGUUAGAUUAGUGAGUGGACAAAGUGAAGAAAUUUGGUUUGUAGUUUUGGAUCAAGAUUUAAGUCCGGGACAAAAUAAAUAUAAAUUAUAUUCUGAUGUAAUUCAUAUUGGAGAACAGCAAUGCUUUGCUGUAAAAAUUUAUACUGGACUGACCAGUGUAACUGAAGGAAAUUUAACAUUAGAACCUGUUUCUGAAGGUUUAUCAUUUCCAACUCAUGAAAAAUAUCAUGCAUCAAUUAAAUCUGUAAAAAAUGAUGAUGAAAUAUUAAAUGAAACAUUGGAAGAAGUAGAUUUGAUUGUUACUGAAAAAGGUGAAAUCAUAUUACCAUCAUCACCACCAAAUCAAUUAAUAGAAUUUAGAGUACCAUAUGAUUGUAGUUGGGGAGCUGCUAUAGAACAUAAAGUUAAAAUCUCUAUAGAGUAUGAAAGUAGAGGGAAACCAAGAGCAUUUACAUCUGUAGAUACUGUUAAAGUUUGGUUGCCAUUAUCAAUGGAUAUUACAUUAAAUGGUACAUUACCUAUUAGAAUUCUUGAUACAAAAUUAGUAUCUUCCAAAGUUUAUGGUGUAAUAGAUGAUCCAGCUUUGGAAUCUUCUUCUAUGUUUGAUCAUAAAGAACACACAAAAACCGCAAGUACACAGGUUCAUUUUGUUGUCACUUAUAAAUCACUUCAAGAUGAGAUUGAGAAAUAUGCUGAAUAUAUUUUAAAUAAAAUUUUAAAAUCUAAGGAUUUAUUACAACAUUCUCGAUUUGUUAUUGAUAAUGCUAAAAAUUUAUUAUUAAAAUAUAUUGAUUUUGUUUCAUAUGGAAUGACAGAUUCUUUAGAUUUGGUUGAUUUGGAUAUUGAAUUAUGUGAAAAAAUAUUUAGUAACCAUGGAAAUAAUAAAGAGGAUUUAAUUGACGUUAUUAAAGAAUUUUGGAUGACUUGCAAUCAAACAAAUUAUGAAGAAGUUUUUGAAAUAACAAAAGAUUUAAAAUCUUCAAUAUCAUUUCCAGUCAAUGUACCAUCAUCAAAGGUCCUCAAUACAGUUGAAUUAAUUAUAUCUAAAUCACAUGAUUUGCUAGUUGGUGAACCAUGUCAUUGUCGAUUGAUAGUUAAACAUUCAUCAUAUUGGAAUUAUGCUUCAUCAACUGACCAUAAAGACAGUCUUGAAUUUUUUUAUGAUGUUAAUAUUGAUUUUGAUAAUUGGUUACUUGCUGAAACAAAAGAGUUUCCAAUCACACUGGUACCUUUGAAAACAGGAAAUCUUCUUGUUCCUCUUAUUAGAAUAGCAAGUCUUUCAUCUAAUAUUUUUUCUGAAACAGUUUAUCUUAAUAAUGCUGAACAAGUACUUGUUCGACCCAGAACACAAUCUGCAACAUUUUUUAUUGAACAACAACACCGUAUUCAUUCUAUUCAUUCAACAGGUGGAUUUAGUGGUCCAGGUCAUCAUCAUAAUGAAGGAUUGGUAGAUGUUGAAAUUGAUUAA